ACUCGAAAAACAAUCAUGGCUGCAUGCAUGGUGAAGGAGCCGGGGUUGACGGGUGAUGUGCGGCGAGUGCAGGCCAUGGUGGGCGUGCAGGGGACCGCCCAUCCGCGUCUUGUCACCCCUGGAGAGGUCAUCUCGCAGGACACCAGUUUCAUGAGAGGGCAUGGCACCUACAUGGAGAAGGGUGUGCAGGUGGCCUCUGUAGCAGGCUAUGUGACCAGAGUGAACCGCCUCAUCACUGUCACUCCUCUGCGUCAGAUGUACCAAGGAGCCGUGGGUGACACUGUAGUGGGGCGCAUCACCAAAGUACAGACCAACAGAUGGAAGGUGGAUGUCAACUCACGACUCGAUGCAGAACUCCGGCUUUCAAACAUUCAGUUACCUGGAGGAGAGCAGAGGAGAUCCAAUGUAGAGGAUGAGCGGGACAUGCGAGCAUUGCUGACUGAAGGUGAUCUGGUGUGUGUGGAGGUGCAGAAGAUCUGUGAUGAUGGUUUGUUAAGACUGGCUGCUCGCAACAUCAAGUUUGGGAAGCUUUCACAAGGUACAUUGCUUGCUGUGUCUCCUUCACUCAUAGUGCAAGACAAACAGAGGAUGCAUGACUUACCUUGUGGAGCACGGGUAGUGUUUGGAGCCAAUGGUUAUGUGUAUAUCACACCAACUGUGCCGCAGGAACAAGCAUCAACUUAUAUUGUCAACUUUGAAGAGGUGCCAGUUGAAGUCAGAAAGACAAUAGGUCGGUUGAAGAACUGCAUCAAGCUUCUGGCCCACCAUUCCAUCAUGAUUUCCCCCACCAGUGUAAUGACUGCCUUUGACACGUCUAUUGAGCAAGAAUUUGAAAUCAAAGAUUUGUUAAAACCAGAUGUGAUGCAGGAUGUGGCAUUGGCCACAGUGCAGUCCAUGAAUGAGUGAAACCUUUGGAAAGUGCUUAUAUUCAUGUGUUAGGUGUCAUAUACCUGUUUACUCUUUUCAUUGUUCAUGUAUGUUUAUAAUGAUUAAAUGAUAAUGCACUUGA